AACAAUGUGACUCGCUCAAUUUCGGACAUCCCACAAACCGCAACAAUGCCACGUCGUAUCCUGUUCCUUAGCAUCUCUCCGUCUCCUGUGCUCGACGUAGUUAAAGAUUUGACAGGCUCAGCCCCAGCUCCCGCCCUCGACGGCUCCACCGCAGGUCUAACGCACGAAUGGCACGCACAAACAGCCUACUACUCCACCCGCAUCCCGAUCUGGAUCGACGAGAUUCAAGACGUGCAGGCUUGGAAGGAGGAGUUUCUUAAAGAUGAGGCAGCAGAGGUCGUGAGCGCUGUGGGGGACUGGGUGUAUUGCUUUUAUGCUCCGAAGACGGAGGAUGGAGAAAAGAAUACGCAGAAAGUGGAGGAGGUGAUGAGGUGCAUACAAGAGAUUGUUGAGAGGCAUGGAGGAGGGGACAGCAUUUCGAUCGCUGUGGCUGUCAAUGGGAAGAGUGCGAAGCCUGAGGGUGUGCAAAUGCAUGCCGAAGAUUGGGAGGAUCGGUGUACCGAGUUCGGCUUCGAGUUUGUGGACUAUGCGGCAGUGGGCAAGAAUGACUACGGAGAGAAAGUAGGAUUCGAGAGGCUGAAGGAGGCCUUGGAAGCAAAUGAGUGGGACGAGGACGAUGCUGCUGACGGAGAUGAUCUGCUUGGAUUGGACGACCUGGGGCUGGCCGAUGAUCUGGAGGGGAGUGGCUUCAAUAGAGAGGAAGCUGAGAUGACGGCCGAGCUAUUUGGAAUGAAGGCUGCGCUUUACGGCAACGAAAAUUUUGACGAAGUUGAUAACGAGGCGUCACAUGCUUCUACGGGAGCAACAGGCGACCAACCGGACCCGGUGGACGAUUUGGACCGGAUGAUGAGCAAGCUGUUGGCUGUCAAGGAGCAAAGCGCUGAUCUGCCCGAGGCUCAGCGCAAGCGCAUGGCUGCAAAGGCCGUGCGAGAAUUGAUGGGCAGCAAUGGUGGACUAUGA